AUGAGUGGACAGGGAGCUCAAGAUGCAAAGUUCUUUCAGCGGGGAAAGAUACAGGAAUUCCGCGCCGAGCUGCAGGCAGCGGAGACUAAGGACAAGAAGUUUACGAAACGCAAGACUGUUCUCAAAAAGAUAGUCGCGAACAUCACCAUGGGUAAUGAUAUGUCAUCUUUGUUCGGUGAUGUCAUCCAAUGCCUCAGUAUUCCAUCACUUGAAAUCAAGAAGAUGGUCUACCUAUUUCUUGUAUGCUAUGGUCGAACCAAGGCAGAUCAAAUACGACAUGUUAUACCUAGUUUCUUACAGGACUGCGAAGAUCGGAAUCCACUGAUUCGGGCUCUAGCCAUACGUACCAUGUCUUACAUCCCUGCACCGAUAGCAGUCGAGGAACUAGAAGACCCCCUACGCAAUUGCUUGAAGGAUCAAGACCCCUAUGUGCGUAAGACAGCAGCCAUAUGUGUUGCAAAAAUGUACACGUCGGAUCCACGUAAAGCCGAGAGAGGUGGCUUCGUGGAGCUAUUACGCGAUCUACUGUUGGACACCAAUGCGACUGUUGUGGCCAACGCCGUAGCUGCACUGUCUGAAAUUGGAGAUCGACAAGAUGGUGUUAUCUUUAAGCUAAAUCUGACUGUUGCCAACAAGCUCCUCGCAGCGCUGGGUGAGAGUUCGGAAUGGGGGCAAAUCUAUAUACUGGAUUCAUUACUACGAUAUGUUCCCGAGAAGCACGAAGAUGCUGAGCUUAUGGCAGAGCGUGUUAUUAUAGAACUCCAACACGCGAAUUCCGCGGUCGUGCUAACCGCCAUCAAAGUCUUGCUUUACCUGAUGAACUACAUGCAGAAUCGCCAACUAAUGGACUAUAUCUGCAAGAAGAUGGGCCCCCCCUUAGUAACACUACUAUCAUCUGGGCCUGAAGUCCAAUAUGUCGCAUUGCGGAAUAUUCUGCUCAUUAUCCAGCGACGACCACAAGUUCUCAAGAAUGACGUCAAGGUAUUCUUCUGCAAGUACAACGAUCCAAUAUAUGUCAAGCUUGCCAAAUUGGAAAUUAUGUAUCGCCUUGCACGGGAUGAGAACGCACGGGAAGUAUUAGCAGAGCUGCAAGAAUAUGCUUCGGAAGUGGACAUCGAUUUCGUGCGGAAAGGGGUGCGCUCGAUUGGGCGACUUGCAAUCAAAGUCUCGUCCGCUGCAGAUGACUGUAUUAAAGCUCUCCUUGAGCUGAUUGAGACCAAGGUGACAUAUGUAGUCCAAGAGGCCGUAAUCGUCAUCAAAGACGUCUUCCGAAGGUAUCCUGGCAAAUACGAAGGCAUUAUUCCUACUCUGUGUCAAAACCUGGAUGCUUUAGAUGAGCCUGAAUCAAAGGCAGCGAUGAUUUGGAUUGUCGGCCAAUACGCGAACAGGAUAGAGAACGCGGACGAGCUUAUGGAUGAUCUAACGUACAAUUUCCUGGAGGAGCCCACAGAAGUGCAACUGGCUCUUCUAUCCGCCGCAGUGAAGUUGUUCAUCUACAAAGCACAGUCGGAAACAAGCAAAGCUCUCGUCCACAAGAUAUUGAAGUGGGCCACGGAGGAAGUGGAUAAUCCAGAUCUUCGAGAUCGUGGAUUCAUGUACUGGCGCCUGCUCGCAAUCAACCCGACUGUUGCAGGGGAGAUAGUCCUUGCAGAGAAGCCUGCCAUCACGACAGACGCUGAUCGGAUGGAUCGGGGUGCUCUGGACCAGCUUCUGUUGCACACAGGAACGCUAGGUAGCAUAUACCACAAGAACCCGGAGGCCACACUGAACCCGUUAUCACGACAAGUGCUCGUUCCAGUGACGCGAGUAGCGUUGCCUCCAAAUACUAUUCGCAUUCCUAGUGUGGGCAUCCCCUACACGAGUAAUGUUCCAGCACCAACGCCACAGACGAAUGGCACAAGCGCGUCGUCACCGCCUGUAAUAUCAGCAUCCACUGAUCUGCUGAGCAUGUCUCAAUCACAGGAUGCCGGUGACGAUGGGGAUGCAGACGAAUAUAUCCCCGCACCACUACAAGCGGUAUCAUCAGACGACCCAUAUGCGAACCUGGACAAUGCAUUCGGAGGCUACAUGACUGACGAGCCGCGACCACAGCAGGGCGGUCUGCUGUUCUAA